AUGUCGUUCUACGGUUUUGCUCAUGGCGCCGACCGCCAUGACACACGCUGCAUUCUUCAGCAGCCACCUCAACCACGCAACAUCUCCCGUCAUGUUCGUAACCACAGCGAUGGCUCGUAUAGAUCCACACACCACGUUCGGGCUCGCUCUCGUUACGGGGCUGCAGCAGAAUUAACGCAAAUGAUCGAUGACCAUGCAGCAACAUGGCAAUCUCUCACCGCACCCGCUCAGAACGAUCGGCCAACGAGUCAGGGCACUAUGAUCGUUGAUUGGGAUGGCAGCACGAAACCAAUCGUUCACUACAGAAGAAAGUCACAAGAGGAAAUCUUGACGCCGAGUAGGUCAUCGGCACUACCGCUACCUCUGGCGGUCCGAAGAGGUGUCGUGCCCGCGGAUCCAGUGUUGCAUGAGCAAAAGCCACUGCCACUGCUACCCACUGACAAACAAACACGUCUUCACUCUCACAUUCGAACAGCAGAGAAAAGUAAUCGCACGUCUUCGGAAUCGCUUUCUUCACAUAAUUCUUCGCGCCACGACUCUGUCAUUUCCGAUGACCAAACUCCUCCCUGCCGCCGCCAUGCCCUACAUAUACAAACACCUAGAAGUUCCCCUACAAGUCCAGCCCCCUCAUCAUCGAAAACACCAAUCUACGCGCAACACGCGUGUAUCAGAACAGUAAAUGGGAUACCAACCUACCAUCCAUCCCGCUUCUCUCAAAGCAUCGGUGCGUCUCGGCCGGGCUACGUCAAAGGCUAUGACAAGGACACCGGGAUCGGGUACGACUACACUGGCCAGGUUUUUCACGCGCACCGCGAUGCUGGCACAUGUCUUUCACCAAUAUCCGACUAUUUCGACGUUGAUGUGGAUGAGUAUAGCCCAGAAGCCGAGCUGCACGUCGAAGAUCAAGGGAUCACUGCUCUUCUGGCUCAAGAAGCAAAGAGGAGAGGUAGUGUUAUUAAGCUUGUGGAGAAGGUACUGUUUAAGCUUGAUAGGCUGGGUUUGAUGAAGAAACUUAGGGAUGAGCGGAAGAGUAAUAAGAAGAAGCAAAGUUGGCAGGAGCAUGGGUAUCAUGAUUGACAAUUAGAAAACGGAUUUGAACACGUCGUUCCAUGAUUGAUGUCGCUCAUUGUGAUGCUUGACUGACUAGCCAAAAGAUA